AUGGAAGGCACUUUAAGUUUGGGAAAAGAUGUGAUGGCAUCACUUUCACACUUUUUUAGCAACAGCUUCGUCAACACUCGACGGUCUAUGACAGACAUUGUUGAAGAAGAUUCCAUAACAGAUAUAGUGAGAUCAAGUCUUCUCUGCCGUGAUAUAUCAUUUUGUAAAGAUACUCGUUUAUUUGUGGAGGAAUAUUUAAUUGUUUUAGCCACCUCCAUACAUACGAUACUCGAUAGCAUUAUUGGUAAUGAUUUCAAGAAAUUAGUAUUCGAAAGUCAAUUAAAACAUUACAUGGAAAUAGUAAAGAAUAUUCUGGCAAUAGCAAAUAAAAAACUUACCGAAGACAAAGUGAUAUACUUUUGGAUACACACGAUGAAGAAAAUAUGUGCUAAAUUCCAAGAAAUGGCAAUGAUUUUGGUGGAAGAGGACAUACAAAUGAAUGCUGAAAAGGCGCAAUUUUUGAAAAAGCAGUUGAAGCAGAAGAUAGUGAUAGGGACUGCGUUGGUUGAAAUGAAAUAUCAGACCAAACUGUGCGUGGUGUACGACAUUUGUGUUAAAUCCUAUGAAGUUACAAAGUCAUUGAGCACAUUACUGGAAAGCUUCAAGUUACUAUCCGAAGUGAAAGUCAGGUUAUUCAUCCGACAUUUCUAUGAAGCGCUGUUCGAUUCUUCGUUUUAUUCUAACUUGGACGAAGUGACUGCCCACGAGCUGCAAGUAAUACUCAACGACAUGGCUUACUCCAGCGAAACACCUACCAAGGAGUUGCUUUCAACCGUCCAUAAAGUAGUCGAGGCGAGAAUAGCGUUGUUGAAAAAUAAUCAAGAGGAGAAAUUAUCUCAUGAUGCUUUAUUGGUUCAGGCCAUUUUAUCGGACAUGGACCAUUUUUAUAGUGUACACAAAGCGGAUCCCUUUGGAGAUUUCUUCCAACAUUUCAACUACUGGGCGGUGGGUGACGUACAAAUAAAUAAACACAUACGUCUGGUCAUGAAAGAUAUCGGCAAGGAAUUGUGGACGGUGUCAAAUGAUCUAUCAAUCAAAUUGGUGAAUGAGGUUCAAGUGUUCUUGGAGAUUACCAUUGGUCCAGAAUCCUGA